UUUUUAUUUUUCAUGUCCUGCCUGGGGCCAAACCAGCUGCGAGGUCUAUCGAGCGAGCAGAGCUCCAUCGCUCAGGUCUGUGCGGUGCGUCCUCUUCAGCCUGGGGCUUCAAGCACCCCAGGUCCAUGGCAGCAUCCUACGGGCGAUCCCAGAGACCUUGGGGGUCAGAUGCCCCCAAGUCCCACUUGCCCCAAGCCAAAAGAGCAAGUGAGAGGGAAAGCAAUCCCCUGCCCCCAUAAACCGUGUAGCCGAGAUCCUUGAACUUGGAGGCAUUUACAGAGUCUCGCAGGGGUCGCCCCCGCAGCAAGGGGCAGGCCUUCGCCCUCUAGCUACACUGAGUCAUUCGGACCGAGGAGGGCUCUCCCCAGCCAGGUCAGUGCUGGCAUGAGCGCUGCCCCCAGCCUCUGGGAGUGGAAGCCCAUUGCCCGGGAUGCCCUGCUCGCCCGCGCCCACCACUCCUGCGACGUGGUACGGGGGAAGCUGCUGCUUUUCGGGGGGCUGAGGUCAGGCGAGCCCAAGGAGCCGCCGCUGGGGGACACAGUGGCCUUUGACCCUGUGCUGCUGACGGCUGAGACGGUGGUGCCAGACAGCAGGGACCCACGCAGCCACCAUGACACGGCCGUGCUGGCCGACCGCUGGCUGUGUGUGGUGGGCGGCUGGGACGGCGCGCACCGCAUCUCGUCGGUGGGCUGCUUCGAUGCCGAGCAGGGGCGCUGGGAGCGCUGGGCCGAGGGGCCCUCCAACGACCCCCCGGUGGGGCUCAGCAGCCACACCUGCACCAAGGUGUCGGAGCACGAGCUGCGGGUGGUGGGCCGGCAGGGCGGCCUGCGCACCCAGCGGCGCUUCGCCAGCCUCUACACGCUGCGCAUCAACCCCACCACCAAGACUUACUGGUACAAGGAGGAGGAUUUGCGCCUGGCCUCACGGGCCGGGCACUCGGCCAUGCUGCUCCACGACCCUGGCGGCUACCGGCUGGUGGUGUUUGGGGGCCGCGACUCCUGUGAUUUGGAGGUGGCCGGACACUGGAGCAAGGCCAAAAUCCAUGUGGAGCCCGUGCACGCGCCGAAGCUGACGGCGCAGCUCUCUCGCCUGGUGGGCUCGGGGAGAGGCUCCCCGCAGGCUCCCAAGGGCCUGAGGCACCAGUCCUGCAGCAUGGUCGGGCCUUUCGCCGUGGUCUUUGGGGGGGAAACAUUGGCCAAGGGGAGAGAUGCCGUCUGCAAUGACCUCUACAUCUAUGACACAAGAUGCUCCUCCCCGAGCUGGCUCCACUUCCCUGGCUCAGACAGGCGCCAGAAGAGGGUCGGGCACCGCACCUGCCUGUGGGACGACAAGUUGUACCUGGUUGGGGGCUUCGGGCCCGAUGGGAAGACGCCCUGCCCCGAGGUCUGUGUCCUGGACAUCCCCGAGUGAGCAGAGAGCGCCCACCAUCUCCUCGGCAUCCUCUGUGUGGCCCAGACAACCCGCCUUCCUCUUGCGAGCAGUGCAGCCUGCCCUUGGCUCAGGCAUGGUGCAUGGGAAAUAAAAGGGUCCCGUGGAACAGGA